CCACCGUCAUAACAUCAACAGAGCAUGGGAUGCAAGGACGGAUUCGUAUGUUCACCGCUCGAGCCAUAGGCGCAAUGUUCAAUCAAACUAUAGGCGAUGGAAUAUGAAUAUUGAUAUUCAAAGGCAUGCAUAUCCAUAUCGAGAUGAGUACAAUUCAAAAAUAAAUUGCUAGGAUUAUAUUUAAUUGUUUGAGACAGUUUACUCCUCGUGAUGGACUCGCUAGUAAUUCCGAGUGAUUACCUUAAGUGCCGAUAUGUUAAAGUGAUGGACGAAGGGACAAAUGGUGCUGAGCUAGGAGUCAAUUCAACAGCAACAAUCUUACUAACGGUCCUCACAAAUAUUUCCCUGGACUCAUUGAACCAGUCGUUCGUGGAAAAAUGUAAAGAACACCUGAAAUACGAACAAUUUUACCUUCGUGCUCAGUUCGCAACCGGACUGAUUUGCUACCCUAUUGUGUGCGUGUUCGGAUUAACCGGAAAUAUUCUAAGUGUGAUUGUUCUUGGACAAAAGAAAAUGAGAACGUCUACCAAUAUAUAUCUAUUAAGCCUAGCAGUGUCAGAUUCAAUUAAAUUACUUAACGACUUGCUUUAUUUCCUCACAAUAUUAUUUUUUCAAGUGUACCCUUCAACAGGAAACUUAAUGUACGGCCACUUGUAUCCAUACUCUCAUUUUGUUAUGAACUGGUCCAUAUUAACGACGGCUUGGCUGACACUCUCAGUGGGCGUAGAGCGCUACAUAAUGGUGUGUCAUGCCACACAGGCAAGGGUUAUAUGCAGUAAGGCACGUUCUUUAACGACGUGCCUGAUUGUAUUCAUUCUCAUGACAAUCCUCGCUCUCCCCAGCGCUUUCCGCUAUAAGACAAUCACCACCAGAGACAACAUCACAGCAACGACACAUCUAGAUGUUGAGCUAACAGACCUGUGGAAGAAUCACACUUUUGCAACAACUUACACUUGGAUCCAGAACUUAUUACGGUCUAUUAUACCUCUGUUGAUUCUCGGAGUGCUCAAUACGUUUAUCGUGCACGCCCUAUGGCGCACGCGAACUAAGAGAAGAAUGAGUGCUAAACAUCGCAUUACACUUACCUUAAUUUUUGUAGUUUUAGUAUUUCUUAUCUGUGUCACCCCCGAUGCCAUAAUGUCGACAUUCUUUGGAUUCGGCUAUUCUGAAGCCAAUUUCCUAGUAAGGGGUAUUCGAGAAAUCACAGAUUUGCUUCUUGCAGUAAAUUCCGCCGUUAACUUUAUAUUAUAUUGCACAUUUAAUAAGAUGUUUAGAACUCAAUUUAUGGUGCUUUUCCUGAAUGGCCCACCCAAGCGAGUGGUAGAGGAUUCUGCAAUGAAUUAUGCGAUAUCUUACUCUCGUGGGGCAGGCGUUUCAAUGUUCCAAAAUAGAAGCGCGGUCAGUCCGCCUGGACGCAAUGGAUUCACUAGGCUAGCAAGAGAGGAUCGCAUAGAUGACACAAACGAGACUACACCAUCAAAUAAUAGGCUCAGUAAAUUGGCACAUGAUGACAUUGAUGACGUAGAUGACAAUACACAAUCGAACAAACUGCUAGAUAGAUUAACAACUGAUAAUCACGUACAUGAUACUGUAAGAUCAAAUAAUGGGAUCAUACAACUGACAACUGCAGAUGCACGUACAGAUGACACGGUAACGUCUCAGAAUGGGUUCGCUAAGGUGACAUCUGAAGAACGUAUAGAUGCUCUAUAACGUUUUAUAAUGGGUUCACAAAUCUGACAUCCGCUGAUGACACAUUUCAGAAGUUGUGCUAACACACAUUUCGCACAUUGGAAAGACAU